AUGACCAUGAGGGUCCUCAAAGCUUUGGCAUUCAUGCCCAGCGUUCUAGCUGCGGCUCUCUCUCCUGUCCCUAUUGAUUCCAGAAGCCUGUCCGACAUUUACGCGGCCGCGCAGAAGGAGAAUGGCGUUCUUCGGGUAGUUCAUGGAGGAGAUGAACGAGACCAGGCUGAUGCAUUAUUUGAGGCAUUCUCUGCGAAGUUCCCCAACGUCAAGGUGAACCAUACUGUUGAUCUUUCCAAGUAUCUCGAUGGCCGAAUCAAUCAAGCCUUCCUGCAAAACGAGUUGUAUGCCGAUAUGGCUAUUCUUCAGACGCUGCAUGAUUAUGAUGCCUGGGAGGAGAAGGGGGUUUUGUUGCAUUACAAGCCACCCUCAUUUGAUAAUGUUUGGCCCAGCUUGACCAAUGCAAAUGGCGCUUAUAUUCCGGUGUUUGCAGCUAGCUUUGGACCAUUCGUCUUCAAUUCCUCAGCCAUUCCCACAGCAGACAUACCCAAGUCCUACGGAGACAUUCUAGAUCCAAAAUGGAAAGGAAAAAUCGUCCUAACCUAUCCCAACGACGACGACGCCGUCCUAUACCUCUUCAAACUCAUCAUCCAACAAUACGGCUGGCAAUGGCUAGACCAACUCCUCGAACAAGACGUCCAAUGGGUCCGCGGAACCGCAACACCCGCAGAAAUAAUGCUGCGCAAUUCAAGCAGAACGAUCUCCUUCACUACCUACCCUCCCGCCGAGGGUUGGACCAGUGUGUCACCCGUCUCGGACAGAUAUAUGAGCUGGACCCAAACAAGCGCUAUCUUCAAGGACACCAAGCUUCCCGAGACUGCGAAGCUCCUCCAGGCAUUUUUGAUCUCGGAGGAGUUCCAGGUAAGCAGGGGUGAGCCAUCUGUGAGGAAGGAUGUUGGGAAUAGUACUAUUUGGGAUGCGGAUAAUACGGAUUAUGUGACUUUCCAUCAGUUUAUGGAGGAUCGGGAUGCUGUUGAGCAGUUGCGGUUUGUGUUUGAGGAUAAAAUUGGGACUGCGCAGGGGUUGAGCCCGCUUGUUGAUGAUCUCUUCUGA